AUUAUAUCAUAGUUUUGAUGUCUUCACUAUUAUUCUACAAUGUGGAAAAAAUUCAAAAUAAAGAAAACACUUGAAUAAGUAGGUGUGUCUAAACGUUUGACUGGUACUGUAUGUAGGCUUAAACCCUAUUUUACCUGCUCUGAGGUGUUGUUAUGCUCAUCAUCGGUUGAGACACAGCAAACUCUUGAAUACAAGGUGGGUGUCGUGUUUUGACUGAUAAAUGUACUAAAAUGUGAAUAAAGCUACAAUAUCAACUUUAAAAUGUUACCACAAAGAUGGUUGGAGGUCCACACAUGAGUGAGAAUAGUGAUUUGAGUGAGAAUAUCCAUUGUUAUAAGUUAAACUGUCAAUCUUCCAUAGGAAAUCUAAUGAAAUCAUAGAAAUAUAGAUAAUAGAAUAGACGGCGGGGGGAUCGAUGGACAUCUUACUGGUAGUAAUUGGAAGUUAGUUUCAUUAAAUGUUAAUGGUAUACCAGCUAAAUUGCAGGGGUCUGAAGGGAUAGGUCCAUUCUAUGAAUUCUCUUUCUAUGAUUGAAAUGAAACACACCCUGUAUUCAAGAGUUAUGCGGUGUCUCAACUGAUGAUGGGAAUAACACAAAUAUAUCAGAUGUCAAAUAGGGUCUAAGCUACAACAUUUGUGAAAAUUAGAAAAAUCGGAAUUCAUACGUUUAGAUAAUUGACGGUUAAACAACAAAUAAAUACAUAUUUUAAACAUUUUUUCAAUAAAUCCUUGAAUAGCAAGACAACCCUGUUUGUAAGCUUUCAAAUGAAAUCAAACUCAACUGUUUCUCUUUUUCAGGGAUUAAGAUGUGGACGUUUCGUUGUAGGGCAGGGUAUGCGAGAUGGGUCAACUUUGAGCACCAACAUUUCCUAAAUGUUUUGGCAUUCAGGUCCGAGAGGUCGCUUUCCGACCUCUUCCACCAAAUGUGUGAAAGGUUUCUUUCAAAUCAAAAGGUGUGCAGUCUGAAAAUGAUUGAAAUCAGAUGGAACGACCCUACCGUACCAUAGCUAGCUGGAAUAUAGCCUAAUAUAAUGGUAAUAAAAGGGAUGUAUGCUACAAUAUAGCUUUGUUAAAUUCUUAUCGGAAAUGUGUUUUUGCCUCUCUCUUUUUUUACAGAAAUGCUAACAAUGUUUGUGUUUUUCUGUGUCUCCUCUAUAGUAAGCAUGUUUCUGAACACCCUAACCCCCAAGUUCUACGUGGCUUUGACGGGGACCUCCUCCUUGAUAUCUGGACUCAUACUGAUAUUUGAGUGGUGGUACUUCAGGAAGUACGGUACUUCCUUCAUCGAGCAGGUGUCAGUGAGCCACCUGCGCCCUCUGCUGGGCGGCGUGGACAACAGCUCCCCAACCAACUCCAACAGCAGUAACGGCGACGCAGACUCCAACCGACAGAGUGUGUCCGAAUGUAAAGUAUGGCGAAAUCCACUGAAUUUAUUUAGAGGGGCGGAGUAUAACCGGUAUACGUGGGUGACGGGCCGAGAGCCACUCACGUACUACGACAUGAAUCUCUCGGCACAAGACCACCAGACCUUCUUCACAUGUGACUCGGACCACCUCCGGCCAGCUGACGCCAUAAUGCAGAAAGCGUGGAGAGAGAGGAACCCACAGGCACGCAUCUCUGCCGCACACGAAGCCCUUGAACUAGAGGACUGUGCGACAGCGUACAUCCUGCUGGCAGAGGAGGAGGCAACCACCAUCGUAGAGGCAGAGAAGCUCUUCAAACAGGCCGUGAAGGCAGGAGAAGGUUGCUACAGACGCAGCCAACAGCUUCAACACCACGGAGCGCAGUAUGAGGCACAGCACAGAAGGGACACCAAUGUUCUGGUAUACAUUAAGAGGAGACUGGCCAUGUGCUCUAGAAAGCUGGGACGAACCAGAGAAGCUGUCAAAAUGAUGAGAGACUUAAUGAAGGAGUUCCCUCUCCUCAGUAUGUUCAAUAUCCAUGAGAACCUGCUGGAGUCGCUGCUAGAGCUACAGAACUACGCAGACGUACAGGCCGUACUAGCCAAGUACGACGAUAUUAGUUUACCCAAAUCUGCAACAAUAUGCUACACAGCAGCUUUGCUCAAAGCCAGGGCGGUAUCGGACAAGUUUUCUCCAGAGGCAGCGUCGAGGCGAGGGUUGAGUACAGCAGAGAUGAAUGCUGUAGAAGCCAUACACAGAGCUGUGGAGUUCAACCCACACGUCCCCAAAUACCUGUUAGAAAUGAAAAGUUUAAUACUGCCCCCAGAGCACAUUCUGAAGCGAGGGGACAGUGAGGCCAUAGCCUACGCCUUCUUUCACCUGCAGCACUGGAAGAGGGUGGAGGGGGCCCUUAACCUGCUCCACUGUACUUGGGAGGGCACUUUUAGAAUGAUCCCCUACCCUCUGGAGAAAGGCCACCUCUUCUACCCAUACCCCAUCUGCACCGAGACCGCAGACAGAGAGCUGCUACCAAGUAAGAGACGCUCUGGAUUCAAGUUUGUGUGUGUAUGUAUGUAUGCAUGUAGGUAUGUAUGGACUGAGUGUACAAAACAUGAAUAUUAAGUUGCACCCCUCCCCUUUUGCCCUCAGCACAGCCUCAAUUCGUUGGGGCAUGGACUCUACAAGGUGUAAAAAGCGUUCCACAGGGAUGCUGGCCCAUGUUGGCUUCCCGCACUUUUGUCAGGUUGGCUGGAUGUCCUUUAGGUGGUGGACCAUUCUUGAUUCACAUAGGAACCUGCUGGGUUUUUCACGCUCAACAUCGUUGCAGUUCUUGACACACACAAACCGGUGCGCCUGGCACUUACUACCAUACCCGGUUCAAAUGCACUUAAAUAUUUUCUUUACAAUUCCCCUUCUGAAUGGCACACAUAUGCAAUCCAUGUCUCAAUUGUCUCAAGGCUUAAAAAUUCUUAUUUUCCCUGUCUCCUCAUCGACACUGAUUUGAAGUGGAUUUAACAAGUGACAUCAAUAAGGGAUCAUAGCUUUCACCUGGAUUCACCUGGUCAUUCUAUGUCAUGGAAAGAUCAGGUGUUCCUAAUGUUUUAUACACUCAGUGUAUGUGUGUGUACAGUGUGUUGAGUGAGUUGUUGUGUGUGGGGUGUACUCUUGGGUUAACAUUCUCUGUCACUGCAA